AGUACGCCCUUCUCGAGUCAAGUACAGAUCCAACAACCUUCCAGAAGUUUUCCUUGGAUGUGAACUGUCACCUGAAGAAAGUUCUUGUAGCUGCAUCUCAGAGGUAUAUAAAUCGUUAAGGCGCUGCAGGCCCAAUCAUGGCUGCUGCCCUAAGCUCGGCCUCAGAAUCAAAGUUUAACGUAAUUGAGCAAGAGAUAAAUAAGAUGAACUUGAAGACACUGAUUGCAACUCUUGAAGAACUAGGAGUAGACAUUGAAAACAUUGAUAGUAAGGAAACUGCAAGAUUGACCCUCAAGAGGACAGUUCGUGAGAAAUUAAAGCCAGAAUCAAGAAGACGUCCAGGACAGGCUGCAGAAAACCUGAGGGAAAUCCUGGCUUUACACAAUUCAAAACGAGAACGUCUGGCAAGAUUUUGCCACAGCAUUGCUGCCUUCCUACCCAAUUUGGACAAGAGUACGAAGGACAACCUGAAGACACAGUUCGAUCGUGCAGCAGAAGACAUCCUAAGAGACGUGCAGACACAGCUACACAAAGAAGAGUGUCCAAUACUUUUAGCAGGAGAAACAUCCUCAGGAAAAACCACCUUCCUGAACCUGCUGCUUGGUGAUGACAUCCUUCCCGUAGACCUCCUUAGUAGCACUUCCACCAUCUGUGAGGUGAAGUAUGGGGAAACUCGGCAGGCGGUGGUUCAUCUGCGACAGUCAGGGUAUAGGACACCGAAGCCGAGAGUCACCAUUCCACUGGAUGGCACAGCGGAGCAUCGGGAGGAGCUAGACAGCUACAUACGUCUUGAAGGAGCCAGCCGAGACAGCCUUCCUCAAGCUGAGCGGGUCGAGAUCUUUUGGCCUCUUCCUCUUCUUCAAGGUGGAAUAGUCAUAGUGGACAGUCCCGGUGUUGGAGAAAGCAAGAUCAUGGACCAAGUUGUUGCUGACCACAUCUCCGAGUCCUUUGCCUUCCUGUACAUCGUUGAUAGUUCCAGGGCAGGGGGGGUACAAGAGGACAGGUUGGGAAAACUUCUACAGCUGUUUGCAAACAAGGACAACUCUGAUGAUUUCAACCCAGAAUCGGCUAUGUUCAUCUGCAACAAGUGGGACCUUGUGCUUGCUGAGGUGCCACCUGAGAAGCAAGACAACGUGAAGAGUGAAACAUUUCGGAAGCUGUCACAGAUGUGGCCUGGCCUGAAGGAGUCUCAGGCAGUAGGACCAUUUGGAAUCCUCUCUGAAGACUUCAUCAAAGUGCUGGAUGGUCUGGACUUGCUGCUGCCAAAGAGUUUGGACAUCAAACUGGACACUCAGUAUAGGGAAGUCUACAGCUUCAUGGGGCAGCUGGCAAUGUUCCACCUGACCGAGAUGAGAAAGUACGAGUAUGAUCUGGACAGCAUCCCAGGUUGGACAGACACAGGGAACAGGAUAGGAGGGGGGUCCUUUGGUGAAGUUUUCCGAGUCCAAGUCCCAUGGAAGGGAGCAGAGACUCCUGCAGCAUUGAAGCUUGGAGUCUUGCCAUAUGCUGUCAUAAAAGCACAAACUGCCUGGGACUUCCUGAAGGAAGAAGACAACUUGAGGAAGCUGAAGGGAGACCACAUUGUGGAAUACUACGGCACUGCCUGGAGGAGGGAGGGACGCAGUCUGAGGCUGGGACUGGUUAUGGAGCUGUGUGACGGCACACUGGAGGAUAGGAUUGCCAACAGGGAACAUAACCCAGCCUGGUGGGGCUCUAACCCAGAGAAGCAGGCAGCAGCCUUCAGCUACACCCAGAACCUGGCAGUGCAGCUGUGUGAGGGACUCAAGACCAUCCAUGAUGCAGGCUACAUCCACAGGGACCUCAAACCUAUCAAUAUUUUGGUGACCAAGGACAACACCGUGAAGCUUGCCGAUGUUGGAGUGACUAAGCGAGAGGAUAAAAUCACUGGUACAAUGAUCGGAACUGCCAUCUACGCGGCACCAGAAGUGAAGGAGUGGAAGGUUUACGACAAGAGUGCAGACAUCUACAGCCUGGGCCUCAUCCUGUGGGAGAUGUGGUACGGAAGAACACUGUUUGACAAGGCUGAUACCUACUAUAAAAGGAUGAGCGCAGACCUGAAAAGGGGACAGAAUAUGAGGAUGCCACAAUGGCCAGGAACUGUCCCACCCAUCCCCGUCUGGACCAGUCUGAUCCAUGACUGUCUCAAGAAAAAUCCAAGGGAACGACCAAAGAUACAGCAGUGUCUGGACAGGAUCUCAGCUAUGAAGGACAGGAACAAGGAUGAAGGAGCAUCCCAGUCUACUGCCCAAUCAGCCGUUCCUACGUAUGUACUUCAUGAAGAACCAGUCAUCAGACAAAAAGAGGUAACACAUCAGGCUCAGUACCAACAGGAGUACCAGCAGGAAGACCAACAGGAGUCCCAACAGCAGUACCGGCAAGGAUACCUAGUCCAGCAGCAAGACUACCAAGAAGAGCACCAAGAAGAGCACCAAGAAGAGCACCGACAAGAGCACCAACAGGAGCACCAAAAGCAAGAAUACAAGGAAGCACAGCCUGCUCAUGACUAUGACCAAAGUCCCGUGGAAAGUCACGCUAUAGCCCUGUAUGGCUUCCAAACAACUGAAGAUGACGAAAUCUCCUUUGACGUUGGUGACAGGAUCACAAACAUUGUGCAGGUAAACAAGGACUGGUGGCUUGGUGUGGGGCCUGACGGGACACGUGGCUUGUUUCCCUCCAACCACGUACUGCUGAUGACAUGACACCAUGCUGAUCUGAUCACCUAAAACACACUCUAAUCAAAGCCUGUUUUAAAAGCCUUCAUGUGUUGAUAUGUGAAUAACUGAGAAUGAAGCUUACUUAAGUUUGCCGCUUAUUUUUUUAUUAUGAUAUUACGAUGAUCAUAUUAGGAUGAUAAAUGAAGACAUGUUUUUUGAGUCACCAAGAUACACCAAAAAAACAGUUACUCAAGCAACAGGAUAUGAUUUUGGAAACUGUCAGAUGUUUCAGGUAGCAUCUACUAACCUUUGUCGGUGACACAAAGAGACUUCAGUGACACUAAGAGACAGUGCAAAAACAGACUGCAGUCUCUUAGUGUCACUGGCAAAAGGUAGUGCAUGCUACCUGAAACGUCUAACCAUUUCCAAAAUCAUAUCCAGUUGCUUGAGUUAACUGUUUUUGGUGACUAUAUGACUUGCUAUAAUUGCUGAGUGAUGCUUUAUACAGUUAUGGGACCCCGGAAUGGAACGAAAAGAAACAAAAUAUGUAUGAGAGAAAGCCGUUAAGCUGUUCAUACGUUGGAACGGCGACGUUAUUGUCUGCUCGACGUCGAAAUGGCAACAUUAAGAUUGAUGGUAUUCUUAGAACUGGAACGUUAUAAGAUCGAUCAGGGUAUGUUAAGAAUAAAGUGACAUUUUGUUUCAUUUCCUUCCAUUUCAUUCUAUGCAUGCGCGGAUGUCAUCCAUACCCUAUAUGGUCAAUCAAAUCAACAUAAUGAAUGGGCCGUUUCUUUGAUAUACUGGACACAAACAGAUGAAAUGACUGAAUAAUAAAAAUGCUUACCAGUCCAAGCCAGGUAGUAGAAUGUAUGUCAGAUUUCUUGUACAGUAAGUCAUACAGCAUAUUGGCCAGCAAACUGACCGUCAAAGCCUCUCAGUACACAUGUACAGAUCUCAUACAACAUGGUGAAAUGUUGGCCAUUGAAACCUUUCAUUUACAUAGUAUCCAUCUUCUUAGGGCCACAGCAAAUAAUUUCUAUGGAUGACAUCAGCGCGUGCAUUAAUUUUUGCCU